AUGUCGGGCGAAGCGUGGUUAUACCUCUUCGCCGUGCUCAUAAAUGCCGUCAACCUAUUCCUCCAGGUCUUCUUCACCAUCAUGUACAGCGAUCUAGAAUGUGAUUACAUCAAUCCUAUCGAUCUCUGCAACCGCCUGAAUACCUACAUCAUCCCUGAGGCUGCUGUGCACGGGUUCCUGACAGUCCUGUUCCUCGUCAAUGGAUACUGGCUCGCGCUCACGCUCAACCUGCCUCUCCUCGUCUGGAACAUUAAGAAGAUCGUCGAAAACACCCACCUCUUGGACGCGACGGAGAUAUUUAGGAAGCUUAACGUGCACAAGAAGGAGUCGUUCAUCAAACUGGGUUUCCAUCUGGUCAUGUUUUUCUUCUACCUGUACAGCAUGAUAGUCGCCUUGAUCAAGGACGAGACAAAAUAG